AUGGAGUUCCAGCAGCACAUGGACUUCCACCGGCCCUCGUCCACGCUCUCCGUCGACCGGAAACCCAGCACCUUCUCCUACGACGACAACGUCACGCUCGACUCCACCAUUCUCGACACCCCCAGCAUCAUGUCGCCGACCAACUCCCACCAGGGCAUGUUCUCGCCCGAGACGUCGCUGUGGGAGGACUUCCCGACCUCGGGCCCCUUCGUCGACCGCCAGCAGACCUCCAACAGCAGCAAUCCCUUCUUCGAGCAGAACAACAACCCCUUCACACGCCUACCGCCCACCCAAGCAGCAACCUACGGCCAGCAGCCCUCUGCGUGGCCGAUUAACGACAAUUCUGGCUCCCGGACACCCACGGCAACGAAGCCGCUUCACGCGUUUGGUCAGGCUGACUACGAUGCCGGGCCGCCGUCCGCCUUCAUCCCUGUCGGAUCGCACAUGUCGUCGACGUUUGGUGGAUUGCCCCUCCAGAGCAACGUGCAACCGAGUGCCGUCUUCCCCGCUGCUCCCGAAACCCCUCUGUCGCCGCACAGCAACAACGAGUGGAUGGCCCUCGCCCAGCAGGAGAUGGAUUCGCGGCCAGGCCCCAAGCGCAUGCGCGCCAACUCCCCGCCCCGCUCCUACUCGCCGCGGCGGGACGGCAUCCGGAAGAAGAACGCCCGCUUCGACAUCCCGCCGGAGCGGAGCCUCCUCAACAUCGACCUGCUGAUCCAGAACUCCUCCAACGAUGAAGAGAUCAAGGAGCUCAAGCAGCAGAAACGCCUACUCAGGAACAGACAGGCCGCUCUUGAUUCACGGCAACGAAAGAAGAAGCACACCGAAGAGCUCGAAGAGGAGAAGAAGCUCUGGACCGAGCGGGUGGGCGUCCUCGAAGAUGAGAUCACCAGCCUACGUCUGCAGAUGGAGGGCAUGCUACGGGAAAAGGAGCAGGCUCACCACGAGCACAACGAGAUGAGGAAUAUCAUCGAUCAGCUCCAGUGGGACAAGGAGGAACUCGUCCGAUCCAACACCGUCGAGACUGGCGACCUCCGCAAGAAGGUCAACGUCCUCACCGAGCGGCUCGAGAGCGCCAGCUCUGCCAUGUCCGUUGCACCAAGUUCUACCUUCACCGACUUCGCCUCCGAUAUGGACAACCUUAACAUGGGUGCGAACGACUGGGACAACUACAUCUUCGUCCCCGAUUUUUGCAUGGACGAGUCGACGCCGUCAGCCACCGAGAACCAACAGCAAGAGCACUCCCUCGUCGUCGCGCCCCGCAAGAAGGAUGCGGAGGCCAAGCCCGUUGCUUCAGGUCUCCUCCUCAUGCUCCUCCUCUGCGGCGCCUUUGUUGCCAGCAAGUCUUCCGGUUCCACCGCCCCGCCUCUUCCUCGCAUGCCAGACGACGUCCGCGCCGCAUCAGCCACCGUUCUUGACAGCAUUUUCAAGGACGCCGGUGUCGCACCUUCGCCUGCCCAACACCACAACCUCAUCGCCAACCGAAUCGAAGCUCUUGAGCCUGGACCAUCCGGCGCCAACUGGAACAAGCGUACCCUGUCUGGAGCCGAGUUCGCCAGCCUGUCGCACGGUGCCGCUUCUCACCUCGACCAACUACACGCCCAUCUUGCCGCCCCUACCAAAGAUCAGGAGAACGAGCAAUUGUUCUCCAUUACGCCGUCCCAGUACAACAGCCUUACCUCGGCAGAGUUCACGCGGCGAGGAUACAGUGUGCAUAGCGACGAUAUCAACGACCCCUUGUCUCCCGGAUCCCAGCCUUCGCACCAUCGCCGAAAUCUUGCCGAAACUCUUGCCGCCAUGCGCGAGGAGAGCAAAGGCGAGACUGCGGCCGAGGUUUACACCCGAAGCCUUUUGUGGGAGCGGAUCCCAAGCGAGGUGGUGCACGAGUUCAAGCGCAUGGUCGAGGAGAGCGACCGUGCAACGACGAGCGAAGACGGCAUUCGCAAGGUCGAGGUUUCUGGCUGA